GAGCAUAGGUGUACUUUGUUGCGAAACAAUUUCCAAUCGUCAGACAUGAAGUUUCUCUUCGCAUUGGUCAUUGUCGUUUCGGCGAUCAGCAUUGGCUCCUCUGCAAUAAAUAAAGAUCUUGCGGCUAAAAUCAUGGCAGUGAGCCAGCAGUGCAAAGAAGAAUACAAAGUUGACGAUGAGACAUUCUCAAAGUUCAUGAAUUUCGAAAAAGCCCCCGAGAGUGAGGAUGGGAUGUGUAUGGUGGCCUGCUAUGUAAAGAAUAUGGGCUAUUUCCACGACGGCAAAUUCGACAUGGAUGUCAUUAAGGAAGGAAACAGGCAGAAAUGGGAUGACAAUGCAACCGUUCAACUAGCUAAUGAAAUCGCCAAGGACUGCAUCGAAAAAUUUGGGGCCGACGAUAAUGAGUGCCACCUGGCUGGGAGAGUGUUAAAAUGCGUAUUUGACAACGGAUACAAGGGUGAACUUCCAAAACCUCAGAGAACAUGAAGGCGACUUAGCUGAUCGAAUAUGACAUAACCUGGGAACAUUAAAUUGUAAUUUUUAUCAUAAUAUAAGUUCACUUCCAAAACGUU